AUGCACACGCCCACACCAGAUUCCCACCCACGCAACCCCGUCCACGACUCGGCGUUUCAUCCGCCACCACCCAACGCCAUUGUCGUUUUAAGAGCGAGAGAGAAGGACUCAGCAGAAAAUCAUGAAAACAAGAGUGAUGUUUGCAUGCACCUCUAUGAUAUGGACACGUGGAGGACAAGAUUUUCUGAAGGACGUGAUGUCGGGGAUAGCAGCAGCUGCAUUGUAGGGGCGAAGCAGGGGACUUCCAGGUUGUGGAAGGGAUCCCGCAUUGGGGGUUUGAUUUGA